CCAAAAUUCACCUUCAACAUUUCUCACAUUAUCAGUUUAUUCGCUAUAUUUUAGAACAUGGUAAUAAAAUAUGACAAGAACUUGGAGUUCAACUGUGACCAAAUUCAUCUAAUGUCAGAUAACUUUGAUAGAAAGAUAUGUAAUAGAUUACAGUCAACCAAACAUUUUUCAGGCAACUGUUAGCAUGACAAUAUUUACACAAUUAUCAAUACUCUUUUGACCAGUUGCCAAGCAAUGCUUACUUUUGUUCAGCCUGUGGCAUAAAAAGGUCGCAUUAGCAAUUAAAGAAAAAACACUUAAGCAAAACAUGGUGUGUGAAUAAUUUUUGGUUUGACUGUAUAUAUCACUUUUCCAUUCAUUAAUAUAGCCUCAUCUGGCUCUGGCAAAUGUAAGUGAAGCAAAUCACAGUAUUUGGGAACUGAAUCUGCUGAUGUAAACCAUAAAUUACCCAACAUGUGAAACUGUGCUGUUUUGUUGUCAGGCUCCACAAGGCAUUAAAGACAGGUGCCUAUUCCACACCGUUUGCAUCCAGUGUAGAUACGGAGUAAGAAAAACAUGGAAGAUUCAUUGUGAAUCCAAAAUGGUUCAUCUGUGACGUCAUAGUGGAUGCUCACUUUAUUUUGAAGAGUGUGCCUGUCAAACACAUAUUUUUCGUUUGUGAAGUGAAUCAUUUCUAGAUCGCACAGAUAGCUUACAUGAGCUAGUGUCUGUUUGCAGUUUGUUCACAGUUUGCAGAGCGGUCUAGAUGAUACCAUGGACUCCAGAAAGAGAAGGAGAUUUGUGUCUCCUGAUCCUGAGCGCAGUGUGUCCCUGAGAGGAGGAUUCAGUCCAAGAGACUCUUCUGCUAAAAAGCGUAACGUACAGGAGGGAUCAACGGCCUCGAAUGACGAGGUGCUGCCGGACGCCGUCUUCAGGGAGCUUGAGGACACAAGCAUCUCUUUGAUGAAGAAAGAGUUGAGAAGGUUCAAGAACAUGCUGAGCCCAGAGGAUCCAGCAUGCUCUGUGACAGAGGAAGAAGAGGAGGAUGAAGGGCAGAGCCAAGUGAGCGAGGCGGCUCUGAAGAUCAUGCUUCACAUACUGCGAAAAAUGAACAAGCCAAACCUUGCUAACAAACUACAGACCAAACUGAUCUCAGUAAGUCAACAACAGCUGAAAUCCAGACUGAAGCAGAAAUUUCAAAGAAUAAGUGAAGGAGUCUCCAAUCAAGGGAACGCAACACUUCUGAGCAAGAUCUACACAGAGCUUUACAUCACAGAGGGAGGGACUGGAGACGUCAACAAUGAGCAUGAGGUGAGACGGAUUGAGAACUCAGUGUCCAGAGGUCGAGAGACAUUGGAAAAACCAAUCAAAAGUAAUGACAUCUUCAGAUCCCUACCUGGACAAGACAAUCCCAUCAGAAAUGUGCUAACCAAAGGAAUCGCUGGAAUCGGAAAAACUGCUUCAGUGCACAAGUUUGUUCUGGACUGGGCCGAAGGAAAAGCCAAUCGGGACAUUCACUUCAUCUUUCCACUUCCUUUCAGAGACCUGAAUUUGAUGAAGGAGAAACAGAUGAGUCUUAUGGAGCUUCUUUGUUGUUUUUUCACAGAACUGAAACCAACAGAAUAUAAAGACUACAAAAUAGUUUUCAUCUUUGAUGGUCUGGAUGAGUGGCGUCUUCCUCUGGAUUUCCAGAACAAUGAGAUUUUGUGGGAUGUGACCAAAUCGGCAUCAGUGGAUGUGCUGCUGACCAACCUCAUAAAGGGGAACCUCCUUCCUUCUGCUCUCAUCUGGAUCACCACGAGACCGGCAGCAGCCAUUCAGAUCCCAGCAGAGUUUAUUGACAGGGUCACAGAGGUACAAGGGUUCAGAGACCCUCAGAGCGAGUAUUUUCAAAAAAGAAUAAAAGAUCAGAAUCUGGCCAAUAGGAUCAUUGCCCACAUCCAGUCGUCAAGGAGCCUUCACAUCAUGUGCCGCAUUCCAGUGUUCUGCUGGAUCUCUGCCACUGUUUUUGAGAAGAUGUUGGGUACAGCAGACAGAGCAGAGAUUCCCAAGACUCUCACUCAAAUGUUCACACACCUCCUGAUCGUUCAGACCAAACUGAAGACCCAGAAGUAUGAUGGGAAAUGUGAGGUAGAUCUUGAGCAGGCCAGAAAGAGCAUCCUCUCACUUGGGAAACUGGCUUUUGAACAACUGGAAAAAGGCAACUUGGUUUUCUAUGAGGAGGACUUGAGACAGUGUGACAUUGAUGUCCAAGAAGCAUCCGUGUACUCUGGAGUUUGUACCCAAAUCUUCAGAGAAGAGUUUGGGCUAAGGCUGGAGAAGGUGUUUAGCUUUGUGCAUCUGAGUGUGCAAGAGUUUCUCGCUGCCUUGUUUAGGUUUCUUUCCUUUGCUCAGGAGAAAAAGUCCUCAAUGACAGAUUUUCUGAAGCGGGAAGUGGACAGGGCCUUGAAGAGCAAGAGUGGACACCUGGAUCUCUUCCUCCGGUUUCUGCUGGGGCUUUCGCUAGAAUCCAAUCAGACUCUACUACAGGGAUUAUUCAAACUGACAUGGAGCUCCCAGGACACACGGGAAAUAAUCGAGUACAUAAAUAAAAUCCGAGAGAAUCCCUCUCCUGAGAAGUCCAUAAAUCUAUUUCACUGCCUGAAUGAGCUGAACGACCAGUCUCUGGUGCAGGAGGUCCAAACGUACCUAAGCAGUAGAGGUGCCCACCGCCUCUCUGGAGUCAAACUCUCUCCAGCCCAGUGGUCAGCCCUGGUGUUUGUGUUGCUGAACUCAGCAGAGGAUCUGGAUGAGUUUGAACUAAGGCAAUAUGAUCUAUCGGAGGAGUGUCUUCUGAGGCUGCUGCCGGUGGUCAAAGCUUCCAGAAAAGCAGAGUAAUCUGCGGGUUGUAAUCUCACAGAUAAGAUCUGUUCAGCCCUGGCCUCCACUCUCAGCUUGAUCUCCUCCUGUUUGAGAGAGCUGGACCUCAGUGACAACAACCUCCAGGUGUCAGGAGUACAGCUUCUCUCUGCGGGACUGAAGAGUCCUCACUGUAAACUGGAGAUACUUAAGUUGUCUAACUGCAGUAUUAGAGAGGAAGGUUGUGCUGCUCUGGUUUCUGCUCUUAUAUCAAACCCAUCACACCUGAGAGAACUCAGUCUGAACUCCAAUAAGCCAGGAUAUUCAGCAGUGAAGCUUUUGUCUGAUCUACUGGAAAAUCCACACUGUAAACUAGAGAAACUACAGCUGUAUGAUUGCAGUAUUGGAGAGGAAGGUUCUGCUGCUCUUGCUUUAGCGCUGAUAUCCAACCCAUCACAUCUGAGAGAACUCAAUCUAAACAAUAAUGAGCCAGGGGAUUUAGGAGUAAAGCUGCUGUCUGAUCUACUGAAGGAUCCACACUGUAAACUGGAGAAAUUACAGCUUGAUGACAGCAGUAUUGGAGAGGAAAGUUUUGCUGUUCUGAUUUCAUCUCUUAAAUCAAACCCAUUAUAUCUGAGUGAAUUCAAUUUGAGCUGGAACAAACCUGGUGACUCAGGAGUGAAGCUUUUGUCUGACUUUCUGAAAGACUCAAACUGUAAAGUGGAGAACCUACAGCUGGAGUGCUGCAGUAUUGGAGAGGAAGGUUGUGCUGCUCUGGCUUUAGCGCUGAAAUCAAACCCUUCACAUCUGAGAGAACUCAAUCUGAACUACAAUGAACCAGGAGACUUAGGAAUAAAGCAUCUGUCUAUUCUUCUGAAGGACCCUAACUGUAAUCUAAAGAAAUUAGAGCUGAAAUACAGUGCCAUUGGUGAGGAAGGUUGUGCUGCUCUGGUUUCAUCUCUUAUAUCAAACCCAUCUCACCUGAGAGAACUCAAUCUGAGCUGGAACAAACCAGGAGAUUCAGGAGUGAAGCUUUUGUGUGAACUACUGAAGAGCCAACACUGCAAACUGGAGAAACUACAGCUGUAUCACUGCAGUAUUGAUAAAGAAGGAUGUGCUGCUCUAGCAUUAGCGCUGAUAUCAAACCCAUCUCAUCUGAGAGAGCUCAACCUCAACAAUAAUAAACCAGGAGAUUCAGGAGUGAAGCUUCUCUCCGAUCUACUGAAGGAUCCACGCUGUAAACUGGAGAAACUACACCUGGAAUACUGCAGCAUUGCUGAGAAAGGUUUUGCUGCUCUGGUUUCAGGUCUGAAAUCGAACCUGUCGCACCUGAGGGAACUCAAUCUGAGCAGAAACGAACCAGGAGACUUGGGAGCAAAGAGGCUGUCUGAUCUCCUGAAGCAUCCGCAGUGUGAACUUGAGAAACUAGAACUUGAUGACUGCAGUAUUGGAGAAGGUUUUGCUGCUCUGGUUUCAGGUCUGAUAUCAAACCCGUCACACAUUAGAGAACUCAAUCUGAACUCCAGUAAACCAGGUUACUCAGGAGUAACUCUACUCUGUAGUCUACUGAGAGAUCAGCACUGCAAACUGAAGAAACUGCAGCUGGAGUGCUGCAGUAUUGGAGAGGAAGGUUGUGCUGCUCUGGCUUUAGCACUCAAAUCAAACCCAUCACAUCUGAGAGAACUCAAUCUGAACUACAAUGAACCAGGAGACGCAGGAGUGUUGCUUCUGUCUAAUCUUCUGAAGAAUCCCCACUGUAAACUGGAGAAACUAGAGUUGUCUCACUGCAGUAUUACAGAGAGCGGCUGUGCUGCUCUGAGAUCAGCCCUCAGCUCAAACCCUUUGCAUUUGAGGGAACUUAAUCUGAACUAUAACCAGAACACUUAACAGUGAUGGUGCUGUCCGAUCUACUGGAUCCAUACUGAAAAGUCAAAUUUAAUUCAAAUAUGGCUUGUACAUACCAAAAAGAGGAAUGUUUUGUUCAUAUAGACUUUUUUUCUAAUCAACAUAUCAUUUAUUUUAAAACCUCUGUCACCAGGGCUGCCAACUUUUGAGUUCAGCUUCAGUUUAUUUAUAGUUCUUAUUUUUCUUACUUUUCCUCAUAGUGUACUCUCAGAGAGCAAUAUUCUUAAGUUGAACAGCUCAGUAAAUGGCUAUAUAAACGUUCUGUGGUUAUUAUUGAAAAACAAUGAAUUUAAUAUUAUAUUAAACAUUCUUGACUAAUAUUAAUCUAAAUUAAACUAAAUUUAAAUGUUAUAUUUACAGUUAUCAUUAUAGCUGUGGUGUAGACUUCACUGUUAGAGCGAUUAUUACAACUUUGGAGUUAAUUUUUUUGCUAUAGUUAUGGUUAUAGAGAAUGUUUGUGUAACAUUCUCUCUCCUCUAACAGUCGAAGAGGUGAAGAAGAAUCGGGUAAGCAGGGAUGACAGGGCUUGAAACAGUGAAUCAUUUUGCAACUGAUUUGGAGAUUCCAUUUUCCCCAUCUCUUCUGCUUUUUAAAAUCAUGACAAAUGUUGUCUGACUUUGGAUAAUAAUAGUUCUCUCCUUAAAUAUGAAGAGCUCAAACAAAAGAUUAAUGAGUUCAUCCAAAUUUUGCAAAAAGCUUAUGGGUGUAAUUAUAAUAUAAGUCAGAAGAGAUAA